AGCUGUGUCAUUUCCGGGAAAGGGAUCUGAGAUCUCUAUAAAACUGCUCCUGUCCUGGGGAUCUUCAUUCCCUCCUCUUGCUUUUCUCUCAAGCUCAAGUCACCCCAAGACACAACGAUGUGCUCCCGCCAGGACAGGGACCAGUGCCAUAGCCAGGAGCGCUACACCCGCCAGAGCAGCGGCUGUCACAGCUCCGGUGGUGGCGGCGGCUGUCACAGCUCCGGUGGUGGCGGUGGCUGUCACAGCUCCGGUGGUGGUGGCGGCUGUCACAGCUCCGGUGGCAGUGGUGGCGGCUGUCACAGCUCCGGCAGAGGUGGCGGUGGCUGUCACAGCUCCGGAGGUAGCGGUGGUGGCUGUCACAGCUCCGGCGGUGGCGGAUGCCACGGGAAGCCACAGGUCCAGGUCCAGGUCCAGCAGCAUCAGCAGCAGCAGCAGCAGAUCCACCAGCUGCCCUCGCAGAAGAUGAAGUGAGGGGGUGGCCCCCACACUCCGGCACCCCCAGCAAAGGCCACGCAUGGACCGGCUCCAUCCUGCCUCCUCAGAGCUUUGCAAGCCCCGGGGCUGCCCAACUGCAAACCCUCUCCUCUGCCCUCCAGGACCAUCGCUCCCCAGGGAAGGGGCAUCACUUGGGGUUCCCUGCUGCCUCUGCCUGAUGCACCAGGCUGUGCUUUGGCACCAUGAGGUGCCCAUGAGACAAUAAAGCAUUACGUUCCUGAGA